AUGCCACUCGAACGACCAACGUCUGUAUCACCAUCAUCAAAACUAGACAAUUGUAAUAAAUCUCCAAGAAAACCAAGAAAUUCCCCAAAACUAGAUUUUUGUAAAGUAUGUGGUGACAAAGCAACUAUCAUCAAUUAUGGUAUACUUUCUUGUCAAUCAUGUAAAACAUUCUUUCGACGAAAUGGCUUUCGUCUUGAAAGUGCUCGUCCAUGUGUAUUGAAUGGAUCAUGUGAAGUGAAUGUAAAAACACGACGAAAUUGUACUGCUUGUCGUCUUGCUAAAUGUCUGUUAGUUGGUAUGAGUUCAGAAUUAAUUCGUAAAGAAGAAAUGAAAAAUAAAAAACCUUUGUUAAUAUCUAAAUCCAAAACUAUUAAAAAUGUUGCUUCCAAACAAGUGACAGUAUGUAUUUAA